AUGGCAGCAAUAGAUGCUUUACGCGGAUUUCUUGUAGUGCACUGGCCUACAAUACUUCUCACAGCUGUUCUGGGACGCCUCGUGUAUAACAAGUAUGGCAACAAGUUGAAUCUCAUUCCUGGCCCGUACCUGGCUGGCUUUACAGACCUCUGGCGAUUUCUAGAUUGUAUUGUUGCCACACCUCAUACAACACAUAUCGACUUGCAUCGGCGUUUCAAGUCCGAUUUCGUCCGCAUCGGACCUCGCAUCAUCUCGAUAUCAGAUCCAAGCCUGAUUCCCAAGGUAUAUGGUCUGAACAGUGGCUUUACCAAGACCGACUUCUAUACAUUGCACAUGUUAUCAUAUAACAAGCAAUUCACGCCCAGCUUGUUCACGACGCUCGACGAAGGUUACCAUGCUAAGUACAAGCGACCCAUCGCCAACGCAUAUUCUAUGUCGACUCUCGUGGACUUCGAACCUAUGAUCGAUUCAACUAGUGCUCUAUUCAUGUCCCGACUCGAUGAAUUCUGUGCUUCUGGAAACAUUUGCGACUUUGGGAAAUGGCUGCAGAUGUAUGCUUUCGAUGUCAUUGGAGAGAUAGUCUUCAGCAAGAAGCUUGGUUUUCUUGAAACCAGGUCGGAUGUCGACGGCAUUAUCGCCGACAUCAAGACAAAGGUCUCCGCGGGAGGUUCUAUUGGCCAGAUACCCGCGACCGACCGCUUUCUGACCAAAAGCUCGAUUUACCUGGCCCUAGCCCCGACCCAUCCUGUUGUCAAGUUCACUGUCGAUCGGAUGAACGAACGUAUGAGCGGUGACGUCGAAGGCCACCGAGACUUCCUGGCACGUUGCUACGAAGCUCAGAAGAAGAAUCCAGACCUUGUUACCGACCGCAUCAUCAGAAUGUACAACAUCGACAACGUUCUCGCUGGGAGCGAUACAACCGGGAUAUCUCUGCGUGCCAUAUUCUACUAUCUUAUCAAGAAUCCUCGCUGUAUGAAGUUGGUGCUGGACGAGAUUGAUACCGCCGAUCAGGGUGGACUACUCAGCAGGUUUGUGACGUGGCAGCCGUCAAACAAGAUGACCUACCUGCAGGCUUGCAUAAAAGAGGCCAUGCGCCUCCAUCCCGCCGUUGGUCUCCUCCUCGAACGGCACGUGCCUAAAGGUGGAAUCGAAUUGAACGGCCGCUACUUGCCCGAAGGCACAAUAGUCGGCAUUAAUCCAUGGGUGACAGCGCGUGACAAAUCUGUCUACGGCGAAGACGCAGACUACUUCGUUCCCGAACGCUGGCUUAAUGCAACAACCGAAAGGUUGGCGGUGAUGGAACGUUCCAACCUGGCGUUUGGACAUGGCGCACGUUCUUGUAUUGGCAAGAAUAUUUCCAUGCUCGAAAUAGCCAAACUGGUUCCUCAGAUCUUGCGCCACUAUGAGCUCGCAUUUCCCCAGCCCGGUCUGGAGUGGAAAAUUCGGGGUGGCUGGUUUGUGGGCCAGGAAGGGUUCGAUGUCUGCUUGAAACGCCGAGUUCGUUGA